ACGCAACCACUGAUAACUUUGGUACCAAGGUUUCUUUGUAUAUGUGUAUACCUGUACUUGACAAUAGAACAUUCUAUGGAUACGUGUUACCUAAUACGGUUUUUACCGUGCUCUCGAUACCUAUGUUAUCAACGCUCAUCCCACGGUUAAUAGUGAUUAAUCAAGGCAGCCCUGUAACACAAUAUAUAUUGGCUUUUUCUACUGCAUUACUUGGUGUACUUUUAUUUCUUAUUUUUGGAACAAAUCGCAGAGCUGCCGUAUUCCUCCCAUGUUGUUACUACACUCCUCCUACACUUCCACUACAGACAAUGCCAAGAUCAUUUAGUAGCUCUAAUGAUUCAGAGCAAGACAAUCACGUACUCCAAACAUUUGAUCCGAUAACAGUAAAUCUUUCCGAGAAUAUUUCUCAAACUGAUACUACAAAAUCUAAAAGCAAGGCUUAUUUCAGUCAUUUGCCGAAUAUUUUUGGAUACGGGUAG